UGCCGUGCAGUUUUUCCGGCUUUUUAUUUAUUCCUACGUGAGCAGACCCACUACACUUCUUGCAUAUAAACAGUGAAAAUUACAAUAUAAAGGACUUAUUAUUUCUCCUUUUGGAGUAAUUCUGCUGCUGGCCAAAGCCUGGCUCAUUUUGCAAAGAAAGGAAGGAUAUUCUCUGCAGGUAAUUCCACUGCUUCAAAAGACUCUCCCUGCCUGGUGGCAAAGACUGCCAGGUCCCAGACCCUGACCCCGAGGCCAAGCGAACAAAGGUUUUGGCUCAAAUACCCAGAAGUUGCAGACGUGGCUCACUUUUCCCACAUGUGAACUUCAGCCAAGACACCACGACAGGGACUCUGCCCUCUGAAUGCCCUCGGAUGCCUCAAUCCUGUCCCCAUCACACGCCACUGGGUUUUGUGAGGCUAUUCAGGCAGAUAAGUUUCCCUCACUGAAGAAAAGGGAAACAGCAUGAAAGAAAAGAAUGGCCCCAAAGGAAGAAUAUGUGAUUGACGUAAAUGGGGAUGUUCCCUUAGGAGCAUCAUGUAUCAUCAAAGAAGCCAAGCCCCAGGUCAUUUAUUUCUCUGCCUGUUUACACGAAAUGGAAAGAUAUGUUUAAGUUUCCUGUAGCUUUACACUGCAAAUUGACGCUCCCAGAAAGGAAGCCGUAUGUUCCAGACGUAGCAGGUUUCUUUUGGAAUUCGCAUGUUGGCAGUCUGGCGCUAUCCCCUAAAUGGUACUUUCAUUGUCUUUUUGUUCAAGACAGCAAGCUUCUUCCAGGAUCAGAACUGCCUGCCAGCCUCCGUUGAUAAACAGCCCACCAGCUCUCGUGGUAGAUCAGGUUUAAUGAUUAGCCUAACUCCUUGUUUACCUAAGUGGCAAUUACCACUGCAAUGGAAUAAUAUUUUAACUGCAGGGGAAGCAUUACGGAGAGCCCCCCAAGAAAACCUACUGGCUGGGAAUGGCCAACAGAGCUGCCCAUACUCAGAGGAGAGGACCACUCCAUCCCGGCUGGCAGAUCUCUGUGUCUGAGAUGCUGUCAUUAGAUGCUGCUCCAAAGACCUAAGGAAAUGUGCCCAGGAGAAGUGUAUGGUCCCAAUCCUUUCAACUGAGGCUCAAUGGCCCAGCAAAGUAUGAAAGUGAGGCCUGUGCUUCUGAAGCAUAACAGUCUAGAGUCGGUGGAGCUUGCGAAGCAACCUCACCACCGCAGGAGCAAAUCUCAGCAGGUGCGAUUUAAGGAAGAUGGCACCAGUAAGACUCCACCUGCCCGAGCUGAGGUUGACAUCCAAACUCCUGAGCACCCGGCUGUAAUGGGCGAGACUCAGGCCUCCGGGCACCAUCACCUCCCCACCUACUCACUCUCCUUCCCCAGGUCCCAGAAGGCAGGGGGCUUUCGGCACAUCGCCAUCCAAACCUCCCCCAGUCUCAGGAAGCACUUCCCAGUUUUCAAAAGGAAGAGACUCACAGCUAGCAAGUCCCUGGUGGAAAUGCAGACAGCAUCCCAAAGUGCCAUCCAGGUGAACGGCAAUCUCUCUGAACAGGACAUUGUGUCCUCUGACCUUGCCUACUUAAGGCUGUCUCGGCAUCUUGAAGAUGGGCCUCAAAGGGUCAAGGCGUCCCACCCAUUUCUCCCUAGAAUGUCCAAGGUGCAAAGCAAUGGGCCUGUGAGCAUAUGCUUGGAAGCAGGGACAUGGAGGGCCUCAGAGAAAGCAACAGCUGCCAUUCAGGUUCCAGAUGAUAUUUAUCACAGCCCUACCUGGGCAGGUAGAGAGUCCACUUUCAGCCCAGACAGGUCUGCUGAGAUUAGCAACUCCAUACCCACUUUCGUUGACAUGUGUCCAGGUGAUGGGAGAAGAGUGCCACCGUCAGAUUCAGAAAGACCCCUCUCCUGCUUAAAUGCCACCAGCGGUGCCAACCACAUGCCCGGCACAGGGAAACUUAAACCUGAAAUGCUUUUGCCCAAAGAUAACUCUGAUGACAAAGACCUUGGCCCAUUGUCAUCUCAGUCAAAGGAAACGUGUGUUCCCUCACAUCCACAGACUCACAGCUCCCCUUCGCCAGGCUCCCACAGCCAGCCAGCCCAGCCAGGGGGAGCUUCAGAUUGUGCUUCAUUGAGUAACAAUCACCAGGAUCUGCAGGCACUCAAAACUAACAGUGAGUCAAAAUCUGCCCCUGUGUGUCAGGAGCAGAUGGCAAAGAACCCCUUCCAGUCACACAUCCCAGCGUUUCAAAACUGUCCAGAAAGCGAUCACCUCCCAUCCUCUCUUCCAAGGAGGGAGACCGAACGGCAGGGCACCACGGAGAUGGGUGCACUUAAUCCAAUCCACCUGGCACAGGGUGAGUUCUGCGACCUCCAGGGCAGGCUGCAAUCCGUGGAGGAAUCUCUGCACUCAAACCAAGAGAAAAUUAAAGUCCUUCUGAAUGUAAUUCAAGACUUGGAGAAAGCUCGAGCUCUCACAGAAGGGCGCAACUUUUAUCGAACCGGCCAAGAUCUCAACAACUGCAGGACCUGCCAGAACACGGCGUGCAUCAUAUACAGGAAAAAAACAGAGGACUAGAGGUCAGGAAAGCAAGCUGAGAUUCUGAUCAUAAAUUAUGGUGUGACUCCCUUCACCAACUCACUUGUCAGCUGAACGGAGAUAACAACCUUCCUAGAUUCCUGAGCUAUUGUGAAGAUAAAAUGAAAAUGCAGAUCUGGAGUGUCUGCAAUCUGAAAGUGCUAUAUAAAAGUAAGAGGUUUCUAUUGUUUGUUUCUAUAUAAACUUUUAUCUCUGUGUGUCUCACCCAACUUCAGUUUGCCCAGCCAAGAUGCUACAUCCAGAAUCUGUCUCUGUUGUUUGCUUAUGUAUUUACGCAUUUAUCUACUUUUUGCUUCUCACUAUUUCUUCUUCCAGACAAGCCAUGACUUAGGCUUCUCGCUACUUCCCAUUACCUAGAAAAACAUCCUUCUGUUUUUCACCUAGCAUGAUGGCUGGAGCAUUGAUCUGUCAGCUAGAUGAGUGAAAUGCCCUCAAGAGGGAAACCUGAAAGCUCUCUUCCAUGCUUGGUCUACACACAGCUCACUUUCUAAAUGCAAAGUGGCACCAUGCACAGACAUCUUGGCUGGGAAAGGCUCUAAGGAUCCCCAGACAGUGAACUGGGCACUCCUGAACCAGGUGUCAGGUAUUCCUGUGUCCCCAGAGGGCCAACCUUGCAGACCUUGAAUGCUCCAAACUAUCUCAAUGGCUCCGGGCCUGAAUCCUGUAUUAUAACGAUUUCUUGACCACCAUUUGCCACUCCCAUCCCACCGUGAGCCAGAGCUCUGUACAAACUAAGCAUUCAGCACUCCUCUUCAUCCAUGUGGAUAUGAAUGGAGAAGAUGGUAAAGGUGGGAGGAUAGGUAGAUUAAGAGGAAAGAGAGAAGGGAAGGUUGGAAAAGUUACUGGUGUUCUACCUUGAUACCAAACCCAAGGCAGGCAUUUAUUCCCCAGAACCUGCCAACAACCCUCUGCUAAGAGUCUGCUUGAAUUCUCUCAAGCUGGCAUUUUAUUCCCUCUUUCAAGAUGUUGCUGAAAGUGCUGUGGGCUGGCUAACUAAGAAGUUGAGGGGCAUCUCCUCUUCUCGACCCAGCCUCAAAAUGAAAGACAGAUGAGAGAGGGCACUGCCUCCUGCCCAUUUACAGGGCAGCUGCUACCAAAACAAAAUAUACGCCUUCUCCUCCCUUCCAAACUAAACAGUAGUUUGUCAAAUGGAUGGAUAAGAAGAAAAGUGACAAUUUUCCUUUAUGUUAAUAAAUUGCCUAAAAAAACAUUAAUCAGUUUCUUUCCAAAGCACAGAUGCUUCUCUGUACUCUGUUAUUUGCCUGACCUUGAAAAGAAAGUCACCUUCAAUCCUCUUUGAAUUGUCAAGACCAAUGGGGGCAGUUGCAAGAAGAGGAUGGGGAGUUCCCUAAGUCCCAGUGAUUAUAAUGGAAGCCUGUGGUGUUUCCAUAGAAAUAUAAAGAGCAUAUUCUUCCCUGAAUGUACAUGGAGGGGAGAGGUGAAAAGUGAUGUUUCUGGCAAGGUAUACAAUUACUGAAGAGUUGAAGGUAUGAGUGAGGAGGUGAGGCAUUCAGUCUCUAAGAUAGGAAGAUAAGAGACUUACUGGAGUGGGUAGAGAUCACAUCCUACAUAAGGACAUUUCCCGUUAUUGUGUCCCAUCUGCACAACUACCCACUGAAGUAGCUUUAUAACCCCCACUUUCAGUUGGGUCUCAGAAAGAGAAGCAACUUACCCAAGGUCACCCAGCCAGUAAGUGGUACAGCCUUGGUUCAAACCCAGGAGUAUUCCAUUCGAGAGCCAUUUCUGUAUUGUCUACAAUGUGCUUUAAAUUGUGAACUAAGACAGACUUUAUCUUCUUUUUUUUUUAAAUAAAUUUAUUUAUUUAAUUUUUGGCUGCACUGGGUCUUCGUUGCUGUGCGCAGGCUUUCUCUAGUUGCGGUGAGCGGGAGCUACUCUUCGUUGCCAUGUGUGGGUUUCUCAUUGCGGUGGCUUCUCUUAUUGCAGAGCACGGGCUCUAGGCGCCCGGGCUUCAGUAGUUGCAGCACGCGGGCUCAGUAGUUGUGGCACACGGGCUUAGUUGCUCCAUGGCAUAUGGGAUCGUUCCAGACCAGGGCUCAAACCCGUGUCUCCUGUCUGGCCUCUUGGUGCUGGUAACUAGUGGCUCUGUGUCCUUAGUAAAUGCUAGCCAAUAUCAAGAGCUACUAGAGAUCUUCUAGCCAAAGCUUAGGAUUUGCCAGAUCAGUGAACAUAAGUAUCCACUGAGGCUCCCACUUCCAGGAUGUACUGCCCAGCACUGCACCCCUAUUUGUCUCUGAGCCUGGGGUGGGUUUCUGUCACCACUACCUGCAACUCAAUCUCCCCAACUGAAAUUUAAGGAGAUGGAUUCAGAGGCCGGGGAAGAGUUGUCUCCAGCAAACUCUCAUUGCUUUAAGGAAGGAAUUUAAAGCAGUGAGUUGCAAACUCUGAUUCUUACCCUCUCUUACACUAUUUCACAGAUAGAGAACAUCUACAUUCAUAGUUCUCCUAGCUCCUGAAAUAUCCCUGCCCUCUUUUCACCAGGCAGAAAAAUAACCUUCAUCCUAGAGCAUCAGCUGGAGCCAAAGAAAGUAGGCACCCCUUACUCAUUCUAGGAAUUUCCUCAGCUUUCUGGUAUCAGAAAUUUCAUCCAUCCAUCCAUCCAUCCAUCCAUCCAGCUGGUCAACAGUCUAAACAUCCAUUCAUUCAUCCAACCAUCCAUUCAUCCAUACAACCAUCUAACCAUUCAUCCAGCCAUCCAACCAAUGAUCCAUCCAUCCAUCCAUCCAUCCAUCCAUCCAUCCAUCCAUCCCCCCAUGCACCCAGCCAUCCAUCCUACUCUAGGCCUGAUACUGUGCUCAGUUACAGGGACAUCACAGUGAGAUGGACAGAUGUGGAUACUGCUUUGGGGAUCUUUCUUACCAGCAUGUGAGACAGAUGAUUAAACUAACAAUUGCUUUAAAAAUCUGCCUUGUACGUAUCUCAACUACCCCUACUUUCCAGCUCUUCAUCCAUAUACCUCUACCAAAUUAUAUGAACAGCCUCCUUCUUCUCCUUAUAUGUGAUAUUUCCCUGACUCCUUAAUUCAAACAAACAACAAAAACAAACCACCUGAGUUUGUCAAGACUCACAACAGUGUCCUAACACCAAUUAGAAAAAACAGUUCUCUGGGUGAGUCCUCAGUGUCAGACCUCCGUGUCUGUCUGUCUGUCUGUUUACCACUCUGCCCCCAGCACCUAACAUAGGGCCUGGAACAUGGGACAUACUCAGUAAAUUUAGUUUGUUGAAUGAUUAGCUGAAUACCAUUCAGUGUUUGUUGGCGCCUGGCUCUGAGCUGAGUGUUGUACCAUUCUGUUGUUUAUACUUCACUGAGAUCCUAUGAGUACGUACCAUGCUUAUUCUGCAGAUAAGGACACUGUGGCUUGAAUAUGAGAAAUGACUUUGCCAAAAUCUCACAGUUAAUCAAUCGUGGAGCUUUGCCUAGAAAAACAUAGCCUGCAUUACUACACUCAUUAUUAUAAGUCACCCAGCCAGGAGUAUGUCCCUGUGGAGGAGACCAGGGGGCACAGAAAGUAAAAGGAUAUAAGCCGAAGAGAAGAAAAUCUGGUGGAAGCAUAUCAAAAAUACAGAAACAAAAUAAUCAGACACCCAUCCCUGAUGCUCCUUAAGCAUGGUUAUUCAGCCCCUAUUACUGCUACUAUUAUCAUCAUUAAUGUUAUUACUACUAAUAUAUUAUGUCUUGCUCUUUGCUUUGCUUCUCAACGAUGUGUCUUGGAGAGCUUUACACCUAUGCUUACUUCAUAGGAUUCCUCAAUACAGACAUAUUUAAAUACUCUCCUUUAAUGGGCAUUUCCUAAUCUCCAUUCCUUUUUUUGUUAUUUUAUUUGUGUGUUUUGGAGUCAUUAAUGUACAGACUCCAUUGUAUCAUCUGUACACAGGUCUGUGAGGUAAACAUGACACUGUUGGGGACCAGGGUUCUCAGGGGUUUAGAGAGUCAGAGGCUGGGGAGAGCAGAAGCUCUGGCCUGCGUGCAGUGGGUGCUCAGGCUCGCCUUGACCUUUGAGGGCUUGGGAAUCAGGCCAGUGGGCAUCAGGAAGGGUCAGCCCAUCUGGUAAGUCUGGCUCAGCCUUCUCAGAACCUGGAGAGCCGGGCCAGGAAGACUGAGUCCUGCAGACGUCCCUACAGACUGUGUAUGUGCUCCCUCCACCCUUAAUUGUCCACUUUCCUCCAUAGGAGAUUUACUUACAGAGGAGUUGCCAGUGCCAGGAUGACUGGAAGAAGGCUCUUAAGCUUAUAGCUGUGUUUGUUACCUGGUUUCAUACUAGAACUCUCAGAAGGCCCAAAGAUGAGGAGCUAGCUUGGGAGUACGGAAAGUGGGGGAAAUGCAGAGUCACGAAAACGGUGUCCCUCCUUGUUUAGCAAGGAGGAAAAUGAAAUGUUUCAUACGGAAGAGGAAAGACCCCAUGUUGGUUUGUGAUGUGGCAUGACUGGCCAAAGCCUUCUACCCAGCAAGGGCUAGAAAGGAGCUGUCAUUAAAGGGACACUUUCCUGGUCUGCUAUGCCCAUGUCACCUCCCAGAGACCCAGGAUCGGAGUAAGUGCCACCAAAAAGGCAGAUCACGAUUGCCACACGUGACUGAUAAAGUCCCCAAAUGGUACCUUGUCACUGGGCAUUCUGAGAUGGCUUACUAUAUGCCAGGAACCACUCUAAGUACUUCAUUUAUAUUCUCUCAAUUAAUAUACAUCUUAAUUCCAGAGAAAGCCUUUGAGAUAGGUGCCAUUUUUAUGUGCAUUUUAUGGAUAAGGAAACUGAGUUGUUAGUUUUAGCACAUAAUCCUCUGUGUUACUUAAAUACUUUAUAAUGAGGCAGUUUUCAUGCAUAAAAUGUAUGUAAAAAGAAUGAACAAUUAGGAGCAUUAAAUAAAUGUGAGAGAGAGAUUGGAGACGUUUUCACUGGACAUCUACUAUUAGGCUGCCAUGUUACGUGCUUCGUUUAAACUUAGUAUAACAUGCCCAAGAGGAAGGCAUUACAGAUGCCAAUUCAGUCAAUGAGAAACUGGAGCUUCAGAGAGGUGGCACAAGCUCCUCAAGGUCACACAGCCAAGCAGCUGCCUAAGCAUCUGGGACCUGACCUCAAAGCACAUGUUUUUCCAUGUCAGUUGGACACUUGGUGAUGCUACAUCAGUAUGUGCUGAUUUGAAUUUACUUUCCUUCCUUCCUCUUU